AUGCUGAUGACACAGACUGCAGUGCCGGCACUAGUUCAGGGUCAGAAGAGUAACACGUAUAAUUCUCGAAAGAAGCCUUCGCGCGAAAAUCUCAACUUCGAAUCCAGCACUCACCAUCCCUCACAACCGACGUUGGACGAAUCCAACGUCGGCCAACCCUACUCAUCUUACUCCCAGACCAUCGCCGCCUCCUCCCUCAUGAACGGGAUUGCGGGGACUGCCCCGCCGGGCACCAUGUACGUCCGAGCCCUGUACGACUACGAGGCCGACGACCGUACAAGUCUUAGCUUUCACGAAGGAGACGUCAUUCAGGUCAUCACACAGUUGGAAAGUGGUUGGUGGGACGGCGUUAUCAACGGCGUGCGCGGCUGGUUUCCAAGCAAUUACUGUCAAAUUAUCACAAGCUCCGACGAAAUUCCUGACCAUGACCAAAAUGGCGACAUCGACCACGUUGACGACGACCCUGAUGAACAAGAAAUCUAUGACGAGCAGCUUGAGGAAGAUGACGGGUCGGAGUUGGACGAUCUCAAUAACGCCCUCCCACUCGAGGGCACCGACCUCAGCGACAAGUCGAGGGCCGAUUUCUGGAUUCCACAAGCAACCCCUGACGGUCGUCUCUUCUACUACAAUAUGAUGACAGGCGAUCGAAGCAUGGAGCUGCCACUCGAGUCACCUGUUUCCACUAACGAGACUGGCCCGCGCAACAGGAUGAAUGUGAAUGUUCCGGAAAAGACACGCCCGCCUCCCGAGAUGAUGGCUCGAGGACUGACGCAAGACGAGGAUGAGGACUCUGAAGUAAAUUCGGCGUCUGAGCUCGAGGGAGAAUCUCUCAUGAUGACUUCUCGUGGAUCUUUGCCCCGUAGCCGCCGGUCCAACAACGACAUGCUUUCACCAUCCACCUCAAUGGACUCCAUGAACGGUAUUGCGCAAAUUUCUAGAACGAAGAACGAUACGUACGUCAAUCCAAACCUAGCGCCGGGUACGACACCAAUGAUUGCAUCCGCGACCUCGUUUACAAGCACAUCCUACAACACGCCUCCGACCAGUACCGUGCCUCGCUCAUUCUUUGAUGACGGCUCGGCACCUCCAUUGACCUGGACACGCUUAGUCUCUAAUAUGCGGAAGGCCGUAGAUCGUUACCGCGAUGCCAUCACUAGCAAUAACCGCUCCGAGUAUGUUGCGCGGGCGGAGGACAUUUCAGAUCAUCUAAGGUUGCUGCUUGCCGCUGGAUCUGGGACAACAGACAAUCACUCUGGUCAACCUUCUAUCAUCUCAACUAAUAAGGCACUUUAUCCUCACUUUAGAGAUAUGAUGUCCAAGUUCUCGAAACUCGUAAUCUCUUCACACAUUGCUGCUGCCGAUUGGCCCAACGCUGAGUCGGUACAAAAAUGUCUGCAAGAAGCUGACGGCGUCUUGCUCGGCGUCUUCAGUUAUGUGGAGAUCGCACGGCAGCAGAGAGGAGAGGAAAUCCCUCGUCUAUUCCCUGGGUUUGUCAUUGGUAGUUCUACUGGCGGCAGUUGGCAGAACAACGGCCUAGGGCCUCGCGACCCCAUCACGGCCAACUUCCUGGAAGACGAAGAAGGCGUUGUUGAGCCUACAGCAAUUUUAGAUGGCAAAUUACUCGAAAGGCUGGAUGAACUAAAGAGGAUGCUUGUCUUCAGUAUCCGGGAACUGGACAAGAACUUGAUUGUCGCGGAUAAAAUCAUCACGCCUUUCAAGCAUGAAGUGAUUGGCAACAAUGUCUGCUUGGCAGGUGGUAAAGUCUUGGAGAUGUUCAAGCCGUGGAUCGCUUUGAUCGAGUCCAUCGACCUCUCAUCUUUGGGAAACAGCUUCCAGACGCCUCAGUUGGCGGACUUUAGCGCUAACAAGCAAAGCCUUUACGACAAUAUGUCUGAUCUUGUCUUAGGCUGUCAGGCUGUGGCCGGACCAUUGGCAGAUGAAUGGGCCGAAGUACGAGGCGAAGCUUUGGAGAACCGCAUGGACUAUGUCCGUCAAUGUGCCAAAGCACUUGAGACCAACUCAUCACACAUUGGCUUUUCUUUACAACUGUUAUCUGAGCAAGUACAGAUCAACCUGCAGCAGCAAGCCGAGUCGCGGCAAAGAGAGGAUGCCUUGCAACGCGAACAGCUCCGGAGAGGUGAGACCAUGCCUUACGAUCGACCUCAUCAGCGCACGGAAUCACGGACUACUCCAGCUCGACCCCCAAUGAUCACUUCUCAAUCUUUUACGGAAGGAGAUGGCACUGGGAACUUCCGCGGAGGCGACUACUCUAAGGUUAAGAAGAUUUUGGGCGACGACCCAAAUCCCCAAAGCAACUUGCCACCUGUGGACGAUACUCCUGAGUUUCUCAAACUGGAUCACGAGGCUGACCUCUCCUGGGACGGCAAGAUCCAGCCGCCGAUCGUCAAAGGUGGCACUCUGGAGGCUCUCGUUGAACAACUGACUCGGCAUGAUAAACUUGACUCCAACUUCAACAAUACCUUCCUUCUAACUUACAGGUCGUUCACAACGGCUCAAGAUCUUUUCAAGCUUCUUGUGAACCGAUUCGGUAUCCAGCCGCCUGAAGGCUUAUCGCAAUCUGACUUUGAGGCAUGGCGAGAUAGAAAACAGAAGCUCAUCCGCUUCCGCGUCGUUAAUAUUCUGAAGAGUUGGUUUGAUAACUUUUGGAUGGAAGACCAUAAUGAAGAGUCGAAGCAGCUGAUCCGAGACGUUUACACUUUUGCAAGAGACACUGUUAAGUCCACGGAGACUCCAGGUUCUGGCCCCCUGAUGACGGUGUUGGACCAACGCCUAAGCGGCAAAGAAGCUGGAGCACGACGUAUGGUCCAGACACUCAACCAGAACACGCCGUCACCCAUCAUGCCCAGGAACAUGAAGAAGCUGAAGUUCCUGGACAUUGAUGUGACAGAGUUUGCACGCCAGCUCACGAUUAUCGAGUCUCGGCUUUAUGGCAAGAUCAAGCCAACCGAAUGCCUGAACAAGACUUGGCAGAAGAAAGUCGGUGAAGGAGAGCCGGAGCCUGCACCGAACGUCAAGGCCCUCAUCUUGCACUCGAAUCAAAUGACGAACUGGGUAGCCGAGAUGAUCCUAGCACAGAUGGAUGUGAAGAAGCGUGUCAUUGUUAUUAAACACUUUGUGGCUGUUGCAGAUAAAUGCCGGAGUUUAAACAACUUCUCUACACUAACUUCAAUCAUAUCGGCACUUGGAACGGCACCAAUUGCUCGUUUAAAGCGCACCUGGGACCAAGUGCCACAACGGACCCAAGGCGUCUUGGAAACCAUGAGGAAGCUUAUGGCUAGCACGAAAAACUUUGGUGAAUACAGGGAGGCGCUCCAUGUUGCGAACCCGCCCUGUAUUCCUUUCUUUGGUGUUUACCUGACUGAUUUGACCUUUAUCGAAGACGGUAUCCCAUCCGUUAUAAAAAAGACCAACCUCAUUAACUUUGCUAAGAGAGCAAAGACUGCCGAAGUAAUUCGUGAUAUCCAACAGUACCAGGCUGUUGGAUACUCGUUACAACCUGUCCCUGAGCUACAGGACUAUAUAAUCAGCAACAUGCAAGCUGCUGGUGAUGUGCAUGAGAUGUAUGACAAGAGCUUGCAGGUAGAGCCACGCGAGCGAGAAGACGAGAAAAUCGUGAGGGUUCUUGCCGAGUCAGGUUUCCUAUGA